UUCAAUGCUAAAUAUGAUAGACACAAUAGAUAAAGAAGACUCUAUGCUUCCGUCUAUUUAUGGCUUAGAUGAACACGUAAACUUUGAGAUAGAUUCAAACGACAAUGACAUGAACGGUGAUUCGAAUGCAAAUGCGAGCGACUCCCAAAAUGAAAUUGUUUUAGAAAUAAUAGAUAUUAACGAGGAUGGACAAGAAACAAUUCUAAAUAAAGAAAGUGUGACACUACCAGAAGAUGAGACACAAACCCAACAUGUAAACGAAACCAUAAUGGCCGAAGAAAAUAAUAAUAUUUUAGAAAAUGUUGAUACAAAUACCCCUACCAGAAAACGCAAACGAAAUCCAAAUGGGUGGAAGCAAAAUAUACGGAUAGAAAACCGUCAACAUGGUAAAGAAUAUAUUAAUACAAAGGGCAAGUUAGUUGCUCAUAAAUCGGUAAAAACAACUGGAUGCAAAACAGAAAAAUGUAGUUUUAAAUGUGAAGAGAAAAUUACAGUUAUCGACAGAGAAAAUAUAAACAGAAAAUUCUGGAGCCUUGGCGACGAAAUAAAAAAUCAUUUUUAUUCUAAGCAUAUUAGAAGAUACCCAGCAAUACGAAAAAGAACUAAAAAUGAAAAUAGCAGGAAGACUUAUUCUUACGAUUACUUUCUUUAUGUCUCUGGUGUAAAAAUUAAAGUGUGCCAAGAGUUUUUCCUGAAUACUUUAAACAUUAGCAAAAGUAGGGUUUACUACUUUUUUCAAAAAGUCGAAAGUCCCAAGUCCAACGUUCCACGGGCUCCUAUUACAGGAAAACAUCAGAAAAAGGUAGUUCCAGACGAAGAUAAAGAAAAAGUUAGGAAUCACAUCUCAUCGUUUCCUCUAGUAGAAUCGCACUAUUGUCGCCAAAAUUCAUCAAAAAAAUAUUUAGAGCAAAAUCUAAAUAUCCAAAGAAUCCAAAAAAGGACUUAUGUGAUACCUAAAUGCGAAGGUUUUAAAGUAAAUAGAAAUGCAAGUACAGAAGAAAAAAUGGAAUAUGAAGAACACCUGAAAAGAAAAAAUAUAGGUAGACAAGAGCGACAGAGAGACAGGGAAGCCUAUAUUGAUGAUGAUACGGUGGGAAUAAUCACUUUUGACCUAGAGAAUACUUUUUCUUUACCUAAAGCAAAUAUUAGUAACUUUUUUUACAAAAUGAAGUUAUGUUGCUACAAUUUAACGGCCCACUUGGAUAAAACUAAAGUUGUUUAUAAUGCAAUAUGGCAUGAGCUUAUUUGCGGUAGAGCUGGUGUUCACAUUGCCAAUGCUAUAAUAAGAAUUUUGAAAAGAGUUAUUGAGGACAAUCCGCAGCUAGAGAAAAUUAUUUUGUGGUCUGAUAGUUGCGUACCACAAAACAGGAAUUCCAUUUUGUCAUUCGCUCUACAGUAUUUCCUUAACUCGCCAGAGUCUGGAAAUUUGAGGAGGAUUGAACAAAAGUUUGGAGAACCAGGACAUGGCAAUGUUCAGGAAGUCGACGCAGCUCACAGCUGCAUUGAGAGAUUUAUUAAGAAUUUGGAAAUAUGGAGUCCUCUAACUCUGGUUCGCAUACUCUUGAAGAUUCCAAAUACAUGGAAGCUGAAAUUUUCUGUUUUACAGAUGAAACCAGCUGACUACAAGAACUAUCAACUGCUUUCUGGGACAUUUAAUUACAAUGAGAUUCCAUACACAAAAUUGAAACAUAUAAUUUAUGACAAGAGAUCAAUAUUUAAUGUUAAAUUCAAAACAUCAUUUGAAGGAGAAUCAUCUGAGGUGAGGUUAGUGCCUCUGAACAAAUAUAGAAAUAACAACCAUGUAGGCAUAGAGUUUCCAACGUCUAUCCCAAAUAUAAACUUGGCUGUAAAAAUAAAUGAUGCGAAAAGAAAACAUUUACUUGAAAUGAUGGAUUAUAUGCCCGAAGAUGAAAGAAUAUUCUAUAAAAAUUUAAUGCCCACGGAGAAAACUGCUGCAAAUAAGCAGAUUAUGGUGAAGAAAACCAAUAAGCCAUCCAAGGUUGGAAAUAAGAAACCGAAGAAAAAAGGAAUUGCAUCUACAAGCAAGAAAUGA